AUGAGACGUCGAGAGAACACGUUUCGAAUUGAUUACUCGCAUCUACCGCGAAAACCAUCGUAUGAUGACCUUCACAGUUUCAUCAGCUCAGUUCUCGAACUAGAAAAAAAGCACGUUGUCCGCAUGCAAACAAGUCGUAGCCUCGGUUGUGUGUUUGUUAAGGUCGAUGAACUUGAAAUAGCGCAAAGAAUCGUACAAGAGCAUGACAAUGUGCACGAGACAGAAAUCGGUGGUAAAACUUAUAAAAUACGGAUUACAAUGGAAGAUGGUGCAGUGGAGGUGAAGCUGUUCGAUCUUUCUGAAGAUGUGUCCGAUGAUAAAAUUUACGAAUUUCUCCAAGAAUACGGGGAUGUGUUCGGCAUACAAGAACUAGCGUGGGACGCAAAAUACGCGUUCGGCGGUAUCUCGUCAGGAAUACGAGUGGCUAAGAUGAUCGUAAAAACGAAUAUCCCAUCCUUUGUUACAAUAGAUGGUGAAACAACAGCUCUGUCGUAUUACGGCCAACAACAAACAUGCCGUCACUGUAACGAGUCGUCACACAGCGGAAUAUCUUGUAUUCAAAACAAAAAGCUGUUAGUCCAAAAGCUCGAUGCUGAUUACAGCAACACAUCGUAUGCGAAGGUUCUCAAGCAAAACGUUCACCCGAAGCCGGUCCAGACGAAACCUCAUCAGGUAAAGCCAUCUGUUGCUACACUGACCACAAUCACGAAAGACGCUCAAUUAAAACAAUCCGUAAGCGGACUCACUCCUCCCAUCGAAAAUACGAACAAACCACUUUUACGUUCUAAACUAGAUCUAGCUUCCACCCAGCAAUCAGCUGCCACCGCAACAAACAUAUUCAAAAUCCCGAGUCAACAAUCCGUUAGUGGAGAUCCACCUCGCAAACAAACAUCUGCCGAACGAAGAAACGACGACGAUUCCGAUACCUCUUCGGCUUCAACAGCCAGCCGACGUUCCACACGUGUACCACCGAACAAGAAAAAAUGCCAGGUUGUUGGCGACGCGUCGCCAGAACAUAUGUCUACUUAGAGAUGGAACAUACUAGCUAUAACGUAGCCACAAUCAAUAUUAACACAAUAACAAGCACAACUAAAAUAAAUGCCCUACGCUCUUUCGUUCGUACUCUCGAAUUAGACAUCGUAUUCCUACAAGAGAUUGAAAACGAGCAACUGUCUCUGCCCGGCUUUAACGUGAUUUUUAAUGUAGACCACAUGAAGAGAGGAACUGCAAUAGCUCUAAAAGACCACAUCCGUUUCUCAAACGUCGAGAGAAGUCUCGAUGGCCGUCUGAUCGCUCUCCAAAUACAGAA